AUGGAAGGCCAGAAAAAGAUGCAGUGGGGAGUCACAAGCGCCAUAUCUGAGGCAUAUCCUACAAAGGAAGACGAGAAGCGGAAUGACGAGCUUAUAGCGACGCUGAAGCGUGAGAACGUCUUCGAAAGCCCCGAGGGCAACGCAAAACGGCAGACGGUCAUAGAACACCUGGGAAAGGUCGUCGAAGAGUUCGUUCGUCGCGUGUGCAAACAGAAAGGCCUGCCUCAGUCCACCAUCGACACUGCCGGCGGGAAGGUGUUCACCUUCGGCAGCUAUGCCCUGGGCGUCCACGGGCCAUCCUCCGAUAUUGACACGCUGGUCGUCGCGCCAAAAUAUGUCUCCAUUGACGACUUUUUUAUGACCUUCCCUCCCACCUUCAAAGAAAUGUCCCGCACCGAAGAUAUCGAGGAGUUUGUGCCCGUCGAAGAGGCCCACGUGCCCAUCAUCAAGAUGGAAUAUAGCGGCGUGAGCGUAGACUUGAUCUUUGCGUCCCUGCCAAAGAUGUCCCAAAUUCCGGCGGAUAUGGCGACCAUUGAAAAGAAGAAUCUGGAGGGCCUUUCGGAAUCAGCGACGCGAAGCGUCAACGGCACCCGGGUCACAAAAGAGCUCCUAUCAGCAGUGCCGCCGGGCACGGCUUUUCGACAUGCGCUAAGGGCGAUCAAGCUCUGGUCGAAUCGCCGCGGCAUAUAUGGAGCGGUGUUCGGUUAUCCUGGCGGAGUUGCGUGGGCCAUCAUGGUUGCCCGCAUCUGCCAGCUCUACCCGUACGCCAAUGGCGCUACCAUCAUCUCCAAAUUCUUUAGUCUGAUGUACAAGUGGACUUGGCCGAGGCCUGUUCUAUUAAAGCACAUUGAGGAAGCUGAGUUUAAUCUUCGUGUGUGGAAUCCACAGCUCUACGGCCCUGACAGAGGACACAUGAUGCCCAUCAUCACACCCGCGUUCCCUUCAAUGUGCGCGACCCACACCGUGAUGCCCUCAACUUUGCGUAUUAUGCAAGAAGAGUUUGGGCGAGCCGACAAGAUUGUGCAACACAUCUUUGCUGGAUCAAAGGGCUGGGACGCUCUUUUCGAGCGACAUACUUUCUUCACGAAGGACCACAAGUAUUACUUGAGCAUCGUUGCCGCAAGCCGUACCAAAGAGGCCAGUGCCACGUUCUCCGGAUUGGUCCAAUCAAAAAUCCGUUGGAUCGUCAAACACAUUGAUGAUGGACAGACUGGUAUCGAGACUGCACGUCCAUAUAUCGAGUAUUUUGAACGUGUCCAUCGAUGCAAAAAUGAAGAGGAAGUCGCCCAGGUCAGCCAAGGCAGCCUCAAUUACUUGAUACCGGCAUCAGAAGUGCCUACAGAGGGCAGUGCGCCAGCAAAUGGCGAAACUCACAUCAUGUACACGACUACUUUCUAUAUUGGCCUUGCUAUACCGCCAGAGGGUGCUAGGUCACUGGAUAUAUCCUACCCGGUGGCCCGAUUCCGAGACAUGGUCACAGAAUCGCAGCUGUAUGAUGAGAACACCAUGUCUGUUAGAGUGGUUCACACCCGCAACACUCAACUUCCCGACGAUGUGUUCGUGGCGGGCGAGACGCGACCACGGAAGCCGACCAAGGAGAAGAAGAAGAAGGACGCUAAGAGCGUGAAACGUCCAUUUGCUGAUACGGGUCUCGACGUGCGUGAUUCUAGACCACCUAAAAUCCCCCGACGCCUAUUGGCGCCUCGGGAGUAA